CACAAUCUCGUCUUGCGCAUUCUGAAGCACUCCUGUUCCUUUACCCCUGGAAGUGGAAGCCAACUCCAACUCCUGAUUUUUGAGUUCAAUCUUAUAAUGAAAUCUUCAUCAACUUCCCCUCUUCAUUUGCUUUCUCUAGGGAGAGCAACACUACGUCUACCCCCUCCCAGUAAUUCCUUCGAAACCAUGCGUCGUACCACUCUUCUUCUUGCUUUCUUUUCCCUUUUCCUCUGCGUUUUCUCUCUUUAUUCCUCUCGUAAUGCAACCCACCUUAUUUUCCCCUCUGCCGACGAUUCUUCUCUUGUUCCCCUCAACCACCGCCUCUCUUUUCCGUUUCAGCAUUCUUAUUCCAUUGCUUCUCAAUCCGUUUUGUUGCCGGAUUGGCAGGUUCUCGUCAUUGUCUCGCCGGAGACGGACUCACAGUUGCUUUCCAAUCUCAAUUUCACCUGUCUUUAUCCCAACAACGCUACUGUUCCUGCUAGUUUCUCUGGGAUCUUGCCUUCCACGAACCAGACUACGUUCAAGUGUUUUCUUCCUCGAAGCACACGGCGUCGGUUGCCCUUCGCGGCUCCCAUGUUGAUCAGAUUGUCGGAUAAGGAAUCCCCUGUUCCUUGGCCGUGUUGGGCACCGCCGCAGGAGUUGAUCAGGUGGACAUACCUCGUGUACGAGUCGUUCUCCACGGAGGGCGACGUCGUUCUCUUCGUAAAAGGCUUGAACAACCGCCAAGGGAUCAACAGGUCUCCACGCGAAUUCACUUGCGUGUUCUUCGUCGACGAGUCCAACAACACCAACACCGUUAAAACCGCCGUUACGAGCUCAAUACAAGAGGUGUUCAGGUGUGGUCACCCUGAUUUAACGGCGUUUGUUUCUGGUGAUGAUCAUGAUCAUGAUCACAUCCCAAUCAAACUCAAACUCUCCCUAGAAGAAACCGCGACCACGGGGGCGAAGAAGGUAGUUCCUUCCGUGGCGUACUACACCCCUUGGCGCAAGAUAGCAAAAGCACAGCCAAAAUCCCAACUGUGUGCCUCCACCAUGGUUUACAACGUGGGCAAGUUCCUGAGAGAAUGGAUCAUGUAUCAUUCAAAGAUUGGGGUCGAAAAGUUCAUAUUAUACGAUAAUGACAGCGACGAUGAUUUGUAUAGCGUCGUUGAGGAUCUUAACGAAGAGGGUUAUAAUGUAGAGACGCUAUUAUGGCUGUGGCCUAAGACUCAAGAAGCUGGAUUUUCCCACGCUGCUUUGCACGCUAAAGAUUCAUGCAAAUGGAUGAUUUAUAUAGAUGUUGAUGAAUUUGUCUUCGCGCCAUCGUGGGAUAGUUCAUCAGAACCGACUGAUCAAAUGCUAAAAUCUUUACUGCCAUCAUUGUCGUCGUCUCAUAUGAUCGGAGAAAUUUCGAUAUUGUGCAACGAAUUUGGUCCGUCGAAUCAAAGGUCGCAUCCGGCGGAGGGGGUGACACAAGGGUACACUUGUAGAAGGCGGGUAGAGAAUCGGCACAAGUCUAUAGUCCUAUUAGAAGCGAUUGAUGAUUCUUUGCUUAACGUGAUACACCAUUUUAGUUUAAAGAAAAGUUAUAGAAUGAAGCAUUUGAGCUUGGAAGCUGCAGUGGUGAACCAUUAUAAGUACCAAGCUUGGGAAGAAUUUAAGGCUAAGUUUAGAAGAAGGGUAUCAGCGUACGUGGUGGAUUGGAUGAGUGGAUUGAACCCAUUGUCCAAGGAUAGAACACCAGGGUUAGGGUAUGAAGCAGUGGAGCCACCAGGGUGGGAAAACAAGUUCUGUGAGGUAAGAGAUGAUAGGUUGAAGAUGCUGACAGAGAGAUGGUUUGGUACGCAAAUGGGAAGAGGAACAUACAGAAUGGCAUGGCAAAGUUGAAUUUCGAUUGACAAUUGAAGGAGGGUAGUGGGAGUGAGCUAGGAACAUGACAUGAAGGGUUCAAGUGAAACCCUGUUGACCCUUUUUCUUUUGCCUUUUCUGGCUUGUAUCAUAUGAGGUUGGCCUAGCACUGUUCCAUUGUAUUAGUGCUGCUUUUUUUUUUUUUUCGUUCAGAUUUGGCGGAGCACUCUUUAGGACUUCAAGACAUUACCAAGAAUGACUUGAAAAUUGAAUUAUUGAAAUAGUAUGGAAU